UGAUGGGAAACUGCGGAUAGGCUAAGGCGGAGCAUGAUGGGAAAGGGAGGGACCUCUGUUUGAAAGGCGCAGGGCAUGAUGGGAAAUGCUAAAGUCAGAACUAUAUACUUGGGGGAAAUACAGCGCUAGGGCAGAUGUUCAAUAGGUGCAUCUCUCCCCUCUAUGGCAAUAAAGAACCCUCGUUGGGCUACUCUUCCUCCAAGAACUGUGUUGACAAGCAGCAGCCCAACAUGUCCAAGUCUUCCGUCCAUGGAGAGGCAGUGAUGCUGGAUUUCUGCCCUGCAAGUAUCUCUUGAAAAGGAAUAAGAGGCGGCAGCCCUAUAUUGAGCGGCGUGGAAAACAGGAAGGCAUUGGAGCAAAGGAAGAGCAGAGGUCUGCUCUGACGUGCUUGAGCACUUGGCGGCCGCCAUGGUGGUGGAAGUGUGCAACUUCUUUGGGGUCUACCUUCUGUACUGCACCAACCCUCGUUACCAUGGCCGAGUCUAUGUCGGCUUCACUGUCAAUCCCGAGCGACGCAUCAAUCAGCACAAUGGCGGGAAGCGACGCGGUGGGGCUUGGAAGACGAGCGGCCGUGGUCCUUGGGACAUGGUGCUGAUCAUCCACGGUUUCCCUUCUGAUGUGGCUGCUCUGCGGUUUGAGUGGGCUUGGCAGCAUCCACACUCCUCCCGCCGCCUCACUCACGUGACCCGCCGCACUUCACGGGAGCGUCAGUUUGACUUCCACCUGCGUGUCUUAGCCCACAUGCUCCAAACUGCUCCUUGGUGCCGUCUGCCCCUCACCAUUCGCUGGCUCAAGCAGGAAUAUUGCAGGGACUUCCCUGCAGGCCUGGAACCUCCACUACACAUGCCGGUGGCCUUUGGGCAGGUCCGAGCUGUCAAGACCAAGGGGGUGAAGGCUUCAGAGGUGAAUGUGGCUACCCCAAAACGCUGCAGCAUCUGUCUGAAAAAAUUCCAGGAUGGUGACAAUGACAUCCCCUUGCACUGCUUCCACCCUGGCUGCACCAUGGCUGCUCAUAUGACUUGUUUGUCUCGGGCUUUCCUAGAAAAAGAGCCACUUCACUUCCUGCCAAUCGAAGGGCAAUGCCCGGGCUGCAAGAAUCUUGUGCUCUGGGGGGACCUGGUUCGUCACCAUAAAGGCUGUUACGGCAACCUAGAAGCUGAUCCCACCUCCUCCCAGGAGCAUUGGACUAAUGAGCUGCAGCUGUGAAGGAGGAGUCCUGUGCUUUUGCAAAAGCUGUCCAUGGCUGACCUUUCAUCCUCUUGGGCAGCGGAAGAGUGCCCAGGAAUUCCAACACUUUGUGUGACCCUUCCGAAAAUCCCAGCAUGCUCUCUUCCUCUUCCCUGGAUCAGCUCCUGUGUUUGCUUCUUCCCCGGCUGGAUCUGGGCUCUUUUAAGCUUCCAGCCCCAGAAUCAUGCGACUAACAAGUGAAAUAAUUAAUUCUCUUAAGUGAAAUGAUUAAAUAAAAGGACUGAAGGAUUCAGCAGGAUGUCUAUGAAAUAAGAAAAGCAGGGGUGGGAGAAAUCAAGACUUGCAAGAUGAAUGGAAAGCUCUCGUCCUCCAGGAUUUUCUGGCUGGGAACCACAGAGGGUGGAUGUUCCAGUGCAUUGGGACAAUGGUGGGAAUUGUGCCACUGGCAUUCAAAACAUUGAAAGGACAGAGCAGAGCAAAUCGGGGCCAGAUCAACAAGAGAAAGCACCCGAAAAAGAGUAGUGGAGGGGAACCUGUGGCCUUUCACGUGUUGCUGGAAUACAGCUCCCAUCAUCUCUGCGCUUUGGCCAUGCUGGCUGGGGCUGAUGGCCAAUGGAGUCCAACAGCAGGCUCCCAACUAGUGCCCUGGAAUGUGGUCAAAAUUAGGACAAUUUGAUAUCAUGCCUAUUGCACUGGGUGCUCAUACUGAACAAGGAAAUGGCAUGUUUCUUGACCAUACAAAAAAUACAGUAGGUUCUUGAGGCAAUAGUUGUACUUCAUAUUUGCAUGAUUUUUUUCCUCUGUUCAAAGCACUUACAAUUCCGCCCCUUAGGCUAAUAUUAUCCCUAUAUUGCAAAGGAGAGGACUCAGUGAAUAGUGGCACACCUAAAGCCGCUAAGUGAAUGAAAUGAAAAGUUCAGCCAGAGACUUCUCACUGUUAAAGUAUGUCGAGGGUAUGUUUACUAAUUCUUGAAAGCUGCUUUAUAGAGGCCCAGUUCACAUGUUAAUGCUAAGCCAAACCAUGGCUUAGCCCCAGCAGUUGGCAUGACCAGGGAGGAAAUCUGUGGCUUUGGUCUGGACAUCAACAUGUUUGCACAUCUGCGCUAAGUCAUGGGCUUUGUGUUUUCAGAACAAGUAGAUCCUCCAUUAAAAUGUGAUCUUCUCCCAGCAUAAUCAGAGUUCUAGAUCUUAAAGAGGCUAAAAUAAAGCCCAAAGAGGCUAAAAUAAAGCCCAAGAGCAUAUAUAAAUGAGCCCCCCAACAAACUUAAAAACCCUUAAUUACCCAUAAUGACCACAUGAACAGAUCUGCAAAUGCUUACGCCUGCGUCUAUUUUGUGCUAUUUUAAACAAGAUCCAAUAUUGCACUUAGAGGAAAGCUCAGUUUCUCUCCCCCCCCCCAACACAUAAACAACACGUUUUUUAAAAAAACCCUGUGUGCUUCUGCUCUGCUCUUUUAGGAAUUGCAACCAUUGAUAGAACAGGACUAUGAGAGCCUUGAAUAGCAAGAGGCAUCCUGCUUAGGGAACAACAGCAACUGUUGCCAGGUUUUAUUAGAACCGAUGUCUUGGUUUUUCAAUGUUUGAAUUUUUUUUUUGUAAGUGGUUUUUGUACCACAUUUUGGGAAACUGGGAAAUAAAUUAUUAAAUAAACAGAAGCGCCAUUGAUUUUCCAUUUCUAAAGAGUUAAAAGUUAAAAUACACCACCGACAGCCAAGCCAGUUACACCGUGCAUUACUCAACCUGUAGGGGCACAAUCACUAUCCUGCAUAAGUAGUAAGCCGUGCCAAGGAAUCACGGCAGGACCCUGCAAAGCGUUCAGCAACAAGAGCCAUUGCCCAGAAUGGG